AUGCCGGCUGCAUUGAAGUCAUCUCUGGACGGGAGCAUGACUGACUCAGGGGAACUGGAGCAGGCAGCACCUCCCUGCCUUGGAAAAGUGCCCCGUGACCUGCUCCGAAACUUUCCUCAUACUAAACGCGUAGGCAGCUACCUGGUGGGCAAAAUGAUCAACAAAGGGUCCUUCGCCAAGGUUAUGCUGGGCAUGCACAUCAGUACAGGAGAGAAGGUGGCGAUCAAGGUGAUAGAUAAGAAGAAGGCUCGUCAGGAUUUGUAUGUUUUAAAGAACAUGAAACGUGAACCCCGAAUUCACCAAAUUAUCCGCCAUCCGAACAUCGUCUUGCUGCUGGAGACGCUAGAGACGGAGAACUGCUAUUACAUGGCCAUGGAGCUGUGCGGAGGAGGAGACCUGAUGGACAGAAUCUGUGAACGCAAGCGGCUGGAGGAGAGAGAGGUGCGCAGGUUCACCCGCCAGAUACUGUCUGCAGUGGAACACCUGCACAGGCACGGGAUAGUUCACAGGGACCUGAAGAUUGAGAACUUUCUACUAGAUGAACACAACAACAUUAAGAUUGUAGACUUUGGUCUGAGUAACACUUUGAAGGCAGAUUCUCUCUCUUUGGAGCUAUUGAAUACUCAAUGUGGCAGUCCUGCUUACGCUGCCCCUGAACUGCUGGCCCACAGGAAGUACGGCCCUAAAGUGGAUGUGUGGUCUGUGGGUGUAAGUAUGUUUGCCAUGUUGACUGGCACAUUGCCAUUUACAGUGGAGCCCUUCAACAUUAAGCAACUCCAUCAGAAAAUGGUGAAUGGAGAAAUCAGUGCAAUACCAUUAGACAUCAGCAAAGCGGCUGCACAUUUUGUCUUAUCUCUGUUGGAGCCAGAUCCAACAAAAAGGCCCACAGUGAAAGCAGCAAUGGAAGAUAAAUGGUUGAAUGAGGGUUAUGCCAAGAGACCCCUUCAUUCUGUUACUUAUAAAAACAGGCUGCGUCCUGAGGAUCUAAAUUUAGCUGUGUUAAACUACAUGACAGAAUCUCUAGACUAUGGUCUUUCUGAUAUCAUCCAUACUGUCAUUAACAACAAACCAUCUGCCAUCUUAGCUUCCUACCAUCUACUGCUGAAAAAACUCAUUAGACAUCAGAAAGGAGUCAAGACCAUGCAGGUAAAAUAUAAUAUAUACAAAGUUGAAAUUUAUAACACAAACACACAUGUACAGUCAUGUACACAGAUAAUGGCUCUGUUACAAAUCCUGCUGAGCUGCUGUGCUGUCUACAGCCUAAAACAGCUAGAGACGAGACCCUUAGGCAAGGAUCAAUUGAAAGUGAUUGAUGGUCAACGCCUCCAGCCAGACGUUGCACUUGCAUAUCCGUAUUUUUCAAUUAUUAAGGAUCAAUUGUAUCGAGUGACGCAGGACGCUCAGACAAAGGAGGAUACAACCCAAUUGCUAGUAUCGAAGAGCCAUCGGGAAAUGUUACCUCUUCAAAAUGACGCAGCCAAUGAGAGGAACUCAAAACAGACAAGUAAGACCCACAGGAGCCAAUCGCAGGACAAGAAAAGGCCAGCAGAGACAAUCAGACCAAAGCAGCCAAGCCUAAUGGAUAGAACCGAUUUGCCCACCACAUUGCACGUGGAUAAUUUCACAGCUAAUGAGAUUGCUAUACUUGUUGAGACGCAUGAUGGACUGAUUCCUAAGGUCUCAACUAUUGGUGAAAAGGAGAUCCUUUGUGUCUCACCAUCUAAGUGUUCCUGCAGAGAAGGGAGUGACACCAAACUCUGUGACUCAGCUCCUUGUGAUGCCACUGUAAACACAGACAACUCUAGAGACUCCCAGACAAUGAACCCAUUAAUCAAACCACAAAAUCUGAGACCAGCCUACUCUGACAAAUAUCAAGGGUUGGAAUCUGAACAUCAACAUGAUGAUCACAAGUUGGAGAAUUUGCAGACAUUCUACUCAGAGAAAGGUGCAUCUCCCAGAACAGGGCAGCACGUUAAAGAUCUGUUACUGGCGAUUGAGGAGAAAACCUAUAAUGGUCGCCACCUCAGUACUACGGAAACCACAACACAAACCUCCCCAUUACCACGACUACGCCACACUGCAACACUAAAAGAAGCCACGCCCAGAAAAGUAACUUGGGUUGGUCUUACACGCCACGCAACAGCUGGCACAGGCUCCUCACCUUUCUUAGUAAAUGGGUUCAAACCACCAUUGUUUCCAUCACAGAGACAACAAGCUCUUGUCAUUAAAAACCUGAGACAUGCAAAAGAGAAGAGGAACACUGUAACAGGAGGGGGAGGAGGGAUAGGUAUCUCCAGUAAUACAGCGAAACGGAAUUCUGUUCAGUUACGAACGGCUAUACAGCGCAGAGUAACAGAUCUUAACUUACCAAUGCUUCCAUCUGCGUUACAGAACAAAUCUGAAAAAAAGACAGAAAUACUCAGAAUGGACUUUGGAUGACAAGAGGAUCAGAGAGGAAGAGAUAGAAGCAGGAGAAGAUGCCAAUACAAUGUCAGUUAAAGUUGAGUUUAGUCAUCAUAGCACUAAGGCCUUAAUUCAGUGGCUGAAAUUUUAUCUGCUUUCUGAUACAAAAUCAUACUAAGAUAUGGGUAUGUUACAUACAGUAAUUAAAGAGCUAGUUCACAUAAAAAUGAAAAUUCUGUUAUCACUUACUCUCAUGUCGUUCCAUACCUUUAAGAUGUUAUUUCUUCUAUGGAACACAAAAGGAGUUAAGUAGAAUGACAAAGGUAUAUUGGUUAAGUCACCUUUCACUGUCAUUGUAUGAAAUAAAAAAGAUGCAGUGAAAGUGAAUGGUGAAAAAAAAAAAUCCACUCAUCCCCCUUUACUUA